CCGCUGUUCAAAAGUAACAGGGUUUCUAUCAUGGCGGCCGCCACAUUAGGUCGAAUAAGCUUGGACAGAGUAUUUUCUGCUGUUAAAAGACCGAUUCUUGGCAGGCUAUACAAUGCAAAAGCUAAUGAUGUAGAAAACUUUGACGAGUUGUUGCGAAAUUCUCAGUUUGUAAAGCUGGGACGGCCGGCGGGGAAGCGAUUAAAAGGCAGAGUUAUGCACGUUGUUGCAAGAGAUAAAGCACAGGAUGUUUACGUCGAUUUUGGUUGGAAGUUUCAUGCCGUAGAAACACAUCCAUUGCACAAAAACUUUAAUGUUGGCGAUGAGGUUGAAGUUACACUUAAAACUCUUGAGGCUACUGGACAUUUUCUUGGACAAAGUAAACGAAUAACCUUGUGUGAAGCUGAAGCUAAAUUGACUCCAUUGAAAAAGGACAGCAAAGAGCAAGAGAAAACUCCAAAAGAGUAUCCCAAGUGACUUCUGUUAAUUAAAUGGCAGAAAUAACACGAAGCAUGAUAAACUAGGGGCUUUUCAUAAGAGAUGAUAAAAGUUGAUCAUCAUCUCAUUAGGGUAUAAAAUCUUACCCACUGCCAUCCCUUUGUGGAUGUUAAAAGGUUCUUUCAAUUGAGCUAUCCUUAGGAUCUCAUUGUAAUGGUGGCCCUGGAAUACCUGAAACGUAUCAACAGUACCUAAACAACAAGCCAACAUGGUUACUUUUAACCUCACCCAAUGCUCUAUUUCUUAGGGAUAAGAAUUGCUGUUGUGCUAAUCCUAAAGAUAAAGCCCUGCUAGCAGACCUUUCUUCCUAAUUGUUUCUAUCAGUUACUUAUCUGUGUCGUGUCUGUUCGUUUGCAUUCUCAUUUGUAAGUGUCUGCAGAAGAAACAUCUGCCGACAGCGGCUACCGGAUGCCAUUGAGCAUUAGUCACCUCCAAGUUUUUGGAGGUAAUCACAUGGUUUAACCAAUUGUUUUUAUCACAGGUGUGACAGCUUUUAGGGAUUAAUUCACACUGUAUUGUAUAGAAACACUCAAGCAAUCAGAUUUCCAGAACUUUUGAUGAGAAUGCUCACAACUAGCACCAUACAUAAUAAACAAAAUAAUAAGAAUGAAUUGUUAAACUAGUCUAAGGGCACAUUUUUUUUACUUGUGAUACCGGAAUAAGAAUGAUUAGAAUAGAAAAAAACUCUCAUUUGUUUAUCCCGCGUUCCUAUUCCGGAAUGGAAUGAAGGCCAUUCCACCCAUUCUGCUACCUGUAGCAGAAUGACUCAUUCCAGAAUGAUAGGAAAAAAAACACACCCUAAAGUUGUCUUAUGCUGUUAUUACAGUUAACCAAGAGUGCAGAAGUUCAAAGCUCCUAUUGACACAUGUUAUUAAUUGAACCUGUCAGUGCUUGUCUUGGCUUUGUUCGCCUAGUAUUCAUGUAUUAUUUAGAAACUCUGGAGUAUCGGACUUCUGGUCUUGUUUGAUAGCAAUAUUUAUAGCAAAAAUAAACUUUAACGGCUAUCA